AUGCUGAAGCAAAGCAACAAGAGGAGACGGUCUUGGAGCUCCAGGCGCUGGGGUCUCUCCGAGUGCCAGGGGGAGCCGUACACCGGCAGCGGACCACACCGCCAGAGCGUCUGCUCCACCGGGGCUCGGUCUGGCUCCCAGGCCAGCAUCACCCCAUGGGUCGAGGGCAACUAUAACUACUACAUCGAGGAGGAUGAGGACGCGGGGGAGGAGUGGAAGGACGAGGACCCUGCUGAGGAGGACAAGCUGCGGGAGGAGGUCACUGCUCUCCAACACGGUGAGGGCGCCGACACACCAGCCCAGUUGUCCACGCUCAACGUGAACGUGGGCGGCCACAGCUACCAACUGGACUACUGCGACGUGGCCGGCUACCCCAAGACGCGCCUGGGCCGCCUGGCCACCUCCACGAGCCGCAGCCGACAGCUGGGCCUAUGCGACGACUACGAGGCCGGGCCCGACGAGUACUUCUUCGACCGCGACCCGGCCGUGUUCCAGCUCAUCUACAACUUCUACACGUCCGGGGUGCUGCUGGUGUGCGACGAGCUGUGCCCGCGCAGCUUCCUGGAGGAGCUGGGCUACUGGGGCGUGCGGCUCAAGUACACGCCCCGCUGCUGCCGCAUCUGCUUCGAGGAGCGGCGCGACGAGCUCAGCGAGCAGCUCAAGAUCCAGCGGGAGCUGCGCGCGCAGGCGCAGGCCGAGGAGGCCGAGGAGCUCUUCCGCGACAUGCGCUUCUACGGGCCGCAGCGCCAGCGCCUCUGGAACCUCAUGGAGAAGCCCUUCUCCUCGGUGGCCGCCAAGGCCAUGGGCGUGGCCUCCAACCUGUUCGUGCUCAUUUCUGUCGUGGCGCUGGCGCUCAACACGGUGGAGGAGAUGCAGCAGCAGGCCGAGCAGGGCGCGGGCGGCGGCGACCCGCGGUCCCUCCUGGAGCACGUGGAGACGCUGUGCGUGGCCUUCUUCACGCUGGAGUUCCUGCUGCGCCUCGUCUCCACGCCCGACCUGCGGCGCUUCGCUCGCAGCGCCCUCAACCUGGUGGACCUGGUGGCCAUCCUGCCGCUCUACCUGCAGCUGCUGCUCGAGUGCUUCACGAGCGAGGAGCAGCGGCAAGGCAAGGGCUCGGCGCGCGAACACGACCUGGAGACCGUGGGCCGCGUGGGCAAGGUGGGCCAGGUGCUGCGCGUCAUGCGCCUCAUGCGCAUCUUCCGCAUCCUCAAGCUGGCGCGCCACUCCACGGGGCUGCGCGCCUUCGGCUUCACGCUGUGCCAGUGCUACCAGCAGGUGGGCUGCCUGAUGCUCUUCAUCACCAUGGGCAUCUUCGCCUUCUCUGCUGCUGUCUACUCCGUGGAGCACGACAUGCCCGGCACCAACUUCACCAGCAUUCUGCACGCCUGGUGGUGGGCGGCCGUGAGCAUCUCCACGGUGGGCUAUGGAGACAUGUACCCAGAAACACAUCUCGGCAGGCUUUUUGCCUUCCUCUGCAUUGCUUUUGGCAUUAUUCUCAAUGGGAUGCCAAUCUCCAUCCUCUACAACAAGUUCUCUGAUUACUACAGCAAACUCAAAGCUUAUGAGUACACAGCCAUACGCAGAGAGAGGGGAAAGGUGAAGUUCAUGCAGAGAGCCAGAAAGAAGAUGGUGGAGUGCUUGGCCGGAAGCACUACACAGCCCACCCAAAGGCAAGAGAACUAA